AUGAGCAAACCAGGCAUCACAGCAGAAAAUUGCAAUCGCAAGGACAAUAUUCAACUUGCAACAACGUGUAACAACGUUAGCGCAGCAGAAUUUCAGCUUGAGCUAACGCUUACUUGCAACGUAUGUAACAAAAUUUUCCAAACUCGCUUCAGCUACAAUCGACAUAUUUCCCGCCAUACCGAUGUCAAUAAACAUCAAUGCGAUAAGUGCGGUAAAGUAUUUGCAAGGCGUGACAAUUUUGUUCGACACCUCCAAAACAAGCAUGGCAGUGAGAAUAACGCGCAAAUUGGAUAUGGUUCAGUUCAAUUAGACGAACCUGUAACAAAGCGACAGAAGUUGUCUAACAAUGGUCGUGACUUUUAUCAAGUCACUAAUAUCAUAGAAGUUGAUAUGAAGAAAUUCAAGACGAAAGGAAUUCAAUACAGCGUUAAAUUCAAGAACGAUUUAGAUAUUCAUGAUCUAACUACCAUCCUAAGUAUCCUGCAUAAAGUUUUUUAUCGACAACUUGACGGAUGGGGCUCAUCCUGUUGA